AUUAUCUACAUCUUGUAUUUAUAAAAUACAAGCACCCCCUUUAUCACCAUGUGGUUCGAUGAAAUGGGAGAAAUCUUUGAAAUGUUCAGAGGAAGCUUUCCGUUGUCAUUCCUGUUUUUUGUACCUAUAUUUAUUAUCAUCUCGCCUGUGAGUCCAGUGAAUGCAGCCCAAGAAUUUGGUGUUUACAGAAUGCAGCAUUAUGAUCUUCAAGGCACGAGCUAUGGCUGUAAAAAUUCCAUCAUCAACAUGGAGGCAAGGUCCAUUGACUCUAAAAUGCUGACUCGCCGUUGUGCUGUGGCAAAGCUGAAAGAUGUCACCAUGACAAAGUAUAGAGACCUAAUGACACAGAAUGCAGGUGCUCUUUUGGUCAUUCUUCCAAACAAUUUUAUGGAACUCUCUGCAGAAGAGAAGCAGCAUCUGCAAAACUUGGAGCAUGACUUGCUCCAGGAACCAACCACAGUUCCUGUGUACUUUGCUACACAGUCUGAGUAUCUUGAAGACAUUUAUUUGGAUGUGCAGGAAGGCAAUUCUGGAGAUAAUGCACCAACAGCUUGGGAAGCUUUGUUGAGUUCUGCUUCAGCCAAUGGAUUUCAACUAGUUCUGUCUGGUAAUCCAGCAGAGUCCAUGCCCGAGUUUGACAUACCAAACAUUCAGGGACGUUUAUCCGGGUACGGCAUUGAAGAACAACUUCCGACCAUUGUUAUUUCUGCCCAUUAUGAUGCAAGAGGCAUUGCACCUGCAUUGUCUUAUGGUGUAGACUCCAAUGGUUCUGGAGUUAUCUUAUUGUUGGAACUAGCAAGGCUUUUCUCCAAACUGUACACAAAUUCUCGCACACAUGCCAAAUACAAUUUGGUUUUCUUGUUAUCUGGAGGAGGAAAGUUUAAUUAUCAAGGUUCUAAAAAGUGGAUUGAGGAUAAUUUUGAAGCAGCAGAGGUGACCAUACUGUCUGAUGUUGCAUUUGUAUUAUGUUUGGACACACUUGGUGCAUCGAAUGACCUUAAUCUACAUGUUUCUAAGCCACCUAAAGAAGACAGUGCUGGAGGCCAAUUCUAUCAACAUCUUGAGGAUGUGGCCAAGGAACACUUUCCUGAGGUAAAAACUGGCAUGAUUCACAAGAAAAUCAACCUGGCUGAUGAAAUCUUGGCAUGGGAGCAUGAGAGGUUCAGCAUCAAAAGAAUGUUGGCCUUCACCUUGAGCCAUCUUGACUCUCACAAAAGUCAAGAUAGGACAACAAUCCUUGAUACAAAGGAGAAAGUCAGUGCGGCUGUGAUUACAAGGAAUGCUCAGCUGAUCGCUGAAGCUUUGGCCAGACAAAUCUACAACUUAACAAGCCAGGGAAGCUUCCAAAUGUUCACAGACACCUUGGCAGUGGAGGACUCUGUUGUGGACUCUUGGCUGGACUAUUUCUCUAGUGAACCCAGGGCAGCACAGCUAAUGAAAUCUGACUCUGAGCUGAUACUGACACUAGAACAGACGAUGGCUCGGUACCUUAAAGAUGUUAAAAAGACAUCAAUCAAGGCAGACAAGAGAGAUCCUGAGUUUGUGUUCUACACUGGUGCUGAGUAUCUUGUCAAUGCUUACAAUGUGAAGCCUGCUGUGUUUGACCUGUUUCUUGCCCUGUGUAUUGCUGGCUACCUGGCUCUGGCCUAUCUGUUUGCUCAGAACUUCCAUGUGAUCUACUAUGCACUGAAAAAAACUGUGAUCCCUGCCAGUCCUAAAUCCAAAGUGAAUUAAUUUGAAGCUGUCACAACCUCAGAUAAACUUUACCAAGCAGUUUCGCUGUUUACCAAUGAACAUUUCACAAGUACCAAUUAGCAUUUAUUCAGACAGAGAUGGUCAUCUCUAGUAACUGUGCAAUUGAUGCUACAUAUCUUGUAGGUAAUUCCCACACGUCCUGAUUCAUCUAAGUUGGUACUUAAUAUCAUCUUGAAAUCGCUUGCUUUAUCUGACUGUUCCUUGUACCUUUUUAAAGAAAUAUUUAUUUUUUCAUUAAAGCCAUACCUUGUACUGUAAGGAUUUCAUCAUUGUCCCGUAGAUUAGUUUGUUGAAACUUACAAGUUUUAGUUGUCAAGCCUGUUGAUUUCCCAAUGCAAUUUUAGUAUAUCGCUAGUAAUACUUUGUCCAUUCCUCUAACUGAUAUAUUUACAUCUGUGGUGAGAAAAUAUUACUAGUUUUGUCCUUGUUUUCAACUAUUUAUCAUGUUUUUAUGUGAUGUUCUGUUUUUGUUUUAUUGAGUUUCUCUAAUAUCUGAUCAUAAUUUUGGAUCUUAGGAGUAAUUAUCAUUGACACGUUCUGGUCAACCCCAUUAAAAUUAAUGUUGCUGUGAGUAGGGUAUUAUAAAGCUGCUUUGCUGAUAGCAAUACCUCAGUCAAGCCUAAUCCUCACCCAAACUCUGAUUUUUGUCCCUAAGAGAAGAGCCAUGUUUUUUUUCUGAAUUAAGUACCAAUAAUAAAGCAUUCUCUGUUGUCAUCUCAGUACUACUUAGACAUUUUAGUUUCAUUGUAAUUAGUUUCAUUUUUCUUUAAUCAGAGAUCAAGUUAUUUUUGUACUUGUGUUGUAGGCUGAACUUCAGUCAUGUAGUUUAAAACUUUAAUUCAUGUUUUUUUUUUCAAGUCUUAAUCAGCUGUCAAUUUUAACUUAUUUACUUGUUUUGGUGCGUCUUGGUUUAGUUUUGCAUCAUACGUCUUACACACGCAACAAUUCAUACAAUCAGUAUUUUUUUGUCUUGAUUUGUUUUAAAAACGUUCUUGGCUUCUACAUGCUGUUUUUUUUCUACUUGAUGAAUGUUGACGUGUGUUAGACUUUUGCCCUGGAUAUCAUGUUUCUUCUGUUGUAAGUUUUUUAAAUAUAUUUUUAAACUUCAGUGCAAAACAUUUUUCCACUGAUAAUGUUUGAUGUGAACUAUUUUUUUCCUUUUAACCUUCCAUACGUCUAUUAAACUGCAUUGCCUAUUUUUAAAAAUACUAUGUAUUUAGUGCCUCAAAUUUCACAUCUUGGAGAGUUUAAAAUUUAAAUUAGAUCUCAAGAUUUUAAUUUUGAUAAUUUUCUACGGCUAUUUUUCUUUAAGUUUUGAAAAAACUAAAAUUAGAAAAAUGUUCUUUCUUGCAUGAAGAGAUAGUAUGGUAUUUUUGUAUCUGAUGUUGUGUAUCAUUUUAUUGAGAGCAGUUAUGUUAGUUAAAUGUGAAUGUGGUGUCAUGAUUGUAAACCUGCUGGUCCAUUGUCUGAGUGUGAUUUGUGAUAGAUAGAUGUAGUACAUGAUGCAAUUCUACUGCCAGUGUGGAACAAAUUAAUGAAUAAAGUGUAGAUUUUAAACAUUUGUAAA